GGAUACCCUGAUGGGACACACUGCUGUUUCUUACCACUGAUCCUUGCUGUCGCCGUCUAACAUAGAGAAGGCCCUAUUUGCCUAACGUUAAGAACGAUUUGUUCAUAAUGUCUGACACGGAAGGAGACCAAGGCCCCAAGAGCACAUUUUCUACAUACAUGGCAGAGGGAGACCAAUUGUACCAGAAAGGGGAAUAUGUCAAAGCUGUAGAAAGCUAUUCUACGGCAUUGAUUCUCCAGCCGGACGACAAAAACUGUCUGGUUGCUAGAUCGAAAUGCUAUGUAAAGAUGGGGGACUCCGAAAAUGCUCUUCGGGAUGCAGAAGCGUCACUCAAACAGGACAAGGAAUUUUUCAAGGGUUUGUAUCAGAAAGCAGAGGCCUUGUACACAAUGGGAGACUUCGAAUUUGCACUGGUGUUUUUCCACAGGGGUCACAAACUCAGGCCAGAGUUACAGGAGUUUAGACUGGGCAUACAGAAGGCUCAAGAAGCUAUUGACAACUCUGUAGGCAGCCCCUCCUCUGUCAAACUGGAAAACAAAGGGGACUUAUCUUGCUUCCACAAGAGUGAUGAGGGAAAGAAGGGACGGCAAAAGACACUAGCUCACCCGCUGAGGAGGGAAUUGAGGCAGCAGAGCCAGAAAACACCAAAGGGUGAGAAGACGGCCAAGCAGCUGCUUGGGGAGCUGUAUAGUGACAAGGAGUACCUUGAGAAGUUACUGAAGGAUGAGGACUUGGUGAAAGGUAAGAUGCGGGGUGGCGAGAGGCUGCAGGACGUCAUCCUGAACUGCAUCACUUAUCUGGACACUCGCACUGAGUUCUGGCGACAGCAGAAGCCCAUCUAUGCACGGGAGAGGGAUCGUAAACUCACUCAGCGGAAAUGGAACAAGAGCCGUCAGAAUCCCCCCUCUGACCCCAGCCAUUUCGUGCUCCAGAGCCUGGAGGAGAUUGAUACAGCCUUGAGUGCAGGCAAUGCAGAGGGUAGCCUCAAGAGAGCUCGAGAAGUUCUGAAGACAGUACAGUUCUGGUCUGAAGAAACGGUGCCCAAUAAGAAGGAGGUGCUUGGCAACCUACACAGUUGCAUUGGGAAUGCCUUACUUGACCUGGGACAUAUGGACAAGGCUCCACAACAUCAGAAGGACCUGGAGUUGGCCAAACAAUGCAAGCUCUCAGAUGCAAAGUCUCGGGCUCUUGACAACAUUGGCAGAGUGUACGCCCGGAUUGGGAAGUUCCAUCACGCUCUUGUUGCCUGGGAGGAGAAGAUCCCUCUUGCUCAUGCUGGUUUGGAGAGGACCUGGCUGUUUCAUGAGAUAGGCCGCUGCCACUUGGAGCUCAAACGCUAUGCAGAAGCGCGUGACUACGGCGUUCGUUCUCUCCUAGCAGCCGAUGAAAUAACAGAUGAGAAGUGGCAACUGAAUGCGUGUGUGUUGGUCGCACAGUCAGAGUUGAAACUUGGGAACUUCAAAUCUAGUGUUGCUCACUUUGAGAGAGCGUUGGACCAAGCCAAGCUUCUCCAGGAUGACCCUGCCAGGGAUGCUAUUCAUAAGGCCCUCCGUGAUGCAAAGCAACAUUCUGCACAGUGACAGACAACACAACGUGAUUGGGUUUUUGAGUGCUUGUUGGAAAACAAUGUGCUGUAAUGAACAAAACCUGGAGAUCACAGGCAUACAAAUAAAAAAUGUCACAUUCAACACGCACUGAGCACACUGAGCAUAUAUUAACAUUUGAUUGUCAGAUUACAGGAGAAAAAUACUGGUGAUUGGUAGGGGUUGACAGAGAUACAUUUACAUAUUUAAUUAGAUUGUAUUUGAUCCUCUGCGAUAUCUUAUGAUAAACUGUCGUUUAUUUGUUUUGAGAUGUAUGCAGUGACGCAUUUAUUAAAGCUUUUGCAAGUCCAGUCUUGCCCUCUCUCUUACUGUUGUAGUAUUUGCUAAACAGCUGUGUAGAAACAUGGUCUGAGCCUAUCUGAGUCUCCGUGGUUGUCGGGAACGCGCAUUCGGGAGUGUACCCCACUCAUACUCCACCCUCAUCUGAACCUUGCGCGUGCUCAAGAGCCCGUAGUUUCCGUUUUGUUUCCUGUGUGCAGGGCAUAUUUCUCAGCGCUGCGUUGGCAUAGCACACUUAUUGUGCGAAUUGACUUGUAAAAGGGGAGUCACAUCGCUCAUUCUUGGCAGGAUAACGGACUUGGUACAUGGUUCAUCGCCCCAACAAGGAGGAACCAAAACAUGGAUGCUGCAGAGACCCAAGUAUUGGACCUUGCACCUGAGACUCAGGAUCAGCUGAAAACUGCAACAGAAACAGUGCCAGCAUUAAAGUUACAGUUACAUGGGGAACACAGCGACCCUGAGAAGGUGCCAGUCACUGUUCAGGAAACUGAACAGCUGCCUCUAAAUGCCAAUGAAACACUGAAUGGAAAAGUUGAUGACAUGACAACUGCAGUGACAGAAUCGGCUGAAGAAAGUAAGAAAAUCGAGAUGGUGGCAAACCAGUCACCUCAUGAGUCUCUUGACAAAUUGGUGGAAUCUGAGAAGCUAGCUGAACCAGAAAAAAAUGAAGCAGGUAGAUCAGUGGAGAAAGUUCUGGAUCCAGUUUCACACAUGGAACCAGA